AUUGACAAUUGACGCAAUUCAAUUAGUAUAUAAAGAAAUGUUAAAUUACAUGUGUACUGACAAUUGAACUCACCGCUGUCUGGUAAAGAUUAACAAGAUCGUAAAGUAUUUUUAUACCGGAUAUAUUGAAAUACAUUAAAUCGAUGACUUGUUUACAGAGCAGGCAGAUGGACCUGAAGUUUUAAGGAUUUGAAAACCUUGAAGCAGUCAUCUAAAUUAUCAAGUACACCGGAAAAUAAAACAAAAAAGGAAGAGGAACAUGGACAGAUUUGUUAAAAGUUCAGGCAAUGAUAAACAACCUCCUAAUUACCACCAUGGACAACAGUAUGUCGUCGCUGCGCGGUGUUCUCUCGUCUUCGUUACUGUAUCAGCUAUAAUGUAUUAUGAUCAUAUCCAGACUUGCAUCAACUCCAGUUAUACAUACUUACUUUCAACCUAUCUCUUUAAUUCAGUUUACUUUGAGACAUUUUUUGCUACAUUUUGUUAUGCGGUAAUCACUGUUUACCCAUGGUUCAUUAGCAAAAUUAGAAAGUUGGAUAUUUAUAAAAUCGAUCCGCACGUGCAAUAUGAGCAUGUUACUUUUGUAGAGAUAUUUAAGAUGCUGAUCGUCUAUAAUACUCCAUUGAUGAUGUUGGACACAAUAACGGUCAAAAAGUACCACGGAGUAGAUCCGUCCGUCUGGACUGAAAAGAAAAAAAUGUUCAUACAGUCAACACGGGCAUUACCAAGUGCACCCCCGUCAGUCGUGGCAAUAGCCGUCCAGCUUGUUGCAAGCCUUAUUUUAUACGACGCAUUGUUUUUUAUCAUUCAUUACGCACUCCACAAGAACUUCUUCUUGUACAAGAACGUCCACAGACAGCACCACGAGCAUGGCGUGCUUCAUAAUCACGUUACAAAUAAAUUAACGAUUGUUGAAAGAAUAACUUUGAUAUUAUCUGCCAAUUUUGCACUGAAAGUUUUUAACAGCCACCCAUUCACGCGGAUGAUAUUCAUUCCGAUUUUUAUAGGAAUUCUGAUAGAGAACCACACUGGAUAUGACAUGCCUUUCGGAUUACAUCGGAUAGUACCGUUCGGUAUGGUCGGUGGCUCAGUGAAACAUUUUGCACAUCAUCAAAGCGGCCAGGGAAACUACCAACCUAUAUUUACUUAUUUAGACAAGCUGCUUUAUUUAUACUGUCACCGACGACAUUAAUGUUAGAUCUGCAUAUAAUUAUACUAUGAUCCUUGCUAAAUUAAGUUCUUUCAGGGAUAAUAUAUUGCUUUAUCUAUUUGUGUCCCUUGUGGAAAAAUAUAACAAGGCACAAUAUGAUACAACUUUAGUUUUAUAGUAUAUUUUGGAUAAUAAAUCAACUGAAACAGA